GCUCUUUUCUGGGUGGCGGGCACACGGACUGGACCUUGUUCCUAACUGUUUAUGUAACCUGCCGUUAGGAACAAAGUAAAAAGGAAACAAAAACAAAGAGGGAGUUUUGUAUUUUAACAGUUGGGGAAACAUGAAGUGGGGCUGGGGGCUUGCAGCGAUUCUUCUCACCUUUGGAAUUCUGUCCUGGGGGGAAAGGGGCUUGGAGAUCCCUGAGUAUGAUGGCAAGGACCGCGUCCACAUACUGACCAACAAAAACUACAGGACUGUGAUGAAAAAGUAUGACGUCAUGGUGAUCUACUACCACAAGGCCAUUGGGCAGAACCGCAUGGCCAAGAAGCAGUUUGAAGUGGAAGAGCUUGCUUUGGAGCUUGCUGCCCAGGUGCUCGAUGAUCUCGACGACGAGGAUAUCGGAUUCGGUCUGGUGGAUGAGAAGAAAGAUGCUGCUGUUGCCAAGAAACUGGGUUUGGAGGAGGUGGACAGCAUCUACAUCUUCGCUGAUGAUGAGAUCAUCGAGUACGAUGGCCAGAUGGCUGCAGAGACGCUGGUGGAAUUCCUCUAUGACGUCAUUGAGGAUCCAGUGGAGAUCAUUGACAAUGAAAGGGAGCUAAAGGGCUUCUAUAACCUUGAUGAGGACAUCAAGUUGGUGGGAUAUUUUAAAAGCGAGAAUUCUCGCCACUUUAUUGAGUAUGAUGACGCCGCUGAAGAGUUCCAUCCCUUCGUCAAAUUCUUUGCCACCUUCGAUCCCAAAAUUGCCAAGAAACUGAAGAUGGACCUGAAUGAGGUGGACUUCUAUGAGCCUUUCAUGGAGGAACCCGUCACCAUCCCGGGAAAACCAUACACUGAGGCCGAGCUGGUCGACUACAUCGAGGAGCAUGAGAGACCAACUCUGAGAAAGUUGGAACCCCAUAGCAUGUAUGAAACCUGGGAGGACGACAUCAAUGGGCAGCACAUUGUAGCCUUUGCAGAGGAAACUGACCCUGAUGGUUUCGAGUUCCUGGAGAUUUUGAAGGAGGUGGCCCGCGAGAACACCGAAAACCCUGACCUAAGCAUCAUCUGGAUUGACCCAGAUGAUUUCCCUCUGCUGGUGCCCUACUGGGAGAAGACCUUCGGCAUUGACCUCUCCUCUCCUCAGAUCGGCGUGGUGGAUGUGACGGAUGCUGACAGUGUUUGGAUGGAGAUGGACGAUGAGGAGGACAUGCCCACUGCCUAUGAGCUGGACAAAUGGAUCGAGGAUGUUCUGGCAGGCAAGGUUGACCCUGAUGAAGAUGAUGACAUUGACGAAGAUGAUGAUGAUGAAGCCAAUGAUGACGAAGAUGAUGACAACGAUGAUGAUGAAGAAGACGAUGACAACGAAGACGCUGAUGACGAUGACAAUGGCGAUGAUGACGACGACAACAAUGAUGACGAUGAUGACGACGAUGACGGCGAUGAUGACGAUGAAGAUGAUGACGAUGAUGACGAUGAUGACGAAGAUGACGAAGACGAUGAUGACGAUGAUGAUGACGAUGAUGACGAUGAUGACGAUGACGAUGAAGAAGACGACGAUGAUGGCGAUGAGUGAACUCUUGCUGUCAACUACGGUCAACAAUGAUUACAACGACAAUGUUGAAGACAGUGAUGACAAUGACAACGAUGAUGAGGAUAAUGAUGAUGACUAAACAACUCUUUCCAUCAUCUCAGAGAUCACUUGUUGGCCAGCACUGGCCAAAAGAUGUCAAAAAUCAUCAACAUCAAGUCAAGUUCAAAGUUCAUCUUCAGAUCUCGUGUCCAAACUUAUCACGGUCAUCACUACUUGUUAUCAGAAUCUUCUUGCCUUUCUGUGGACAGCAUCAAUCAGUGUGAACCCCUCCCACCACUGAAGAUUGAGGAGUAUUACCUGAUUGAUCUGUUGACAGCGUCAAUGUGUCUACAAUGACUGAAGUCAGAGAUGGGGACUCGUGACUUGACUUGUGCUCACCUUAACUCACCCUUGACUUGGACUCUAGACUGAAGACUGAAAUUUCAGCCAGACAACAAAAGGGACAAAAUUGACUAAAUUAGGAUCACCAACCUCAAUGUGGCAACCAUUAGUUUACAACAUAACAAUGCUGUCAGUUUCACAGUGUACUUGUUCAGCCAUUACUACACUGCCAGCUCGCAGUGGCAUCAGGUUCAAUAUGUCUUUGAGUAACAAGCCUUUCAUUAUUGAAAUCCUUUUAGUCUGAUGGACAGACUGAAGCACAACAUGCACAAAAAUUUGGUUUUCAAAAGAAAACAGGCAAAACAACUUGAAAUGGUUGGCUAGCAUGGUUGGAUAGCACGUAUGCUAGCUAGUGCAAUAGCUAAUUUCACAGACAUUGUCAGCUAAUCUGUUUUAAGAUUUAGUAAGUUACAGAUUAAGAUAUACCAAAGUUUGAGCUGGAUUAGCUAUCACACUAGCUAGUUAUUCAGCUAGUGUAUAACUAGCUAGUUAGCAUACGUGCUAGCACUUACAAUUAAUCAUCUUUUCAGAUUGUUUUGCCUCUUUCCAUUAAAUAUAGCUGCAUAGCACUUAAAGCAUCAUCAGACUGAAGGUAUUUCUAUAAUGAAAGUUUGCUCUUUGACAUUAUGUGGAACCUUAUAUUUUUUUGCGGGGGUUCCCUUCUCUACAAUGCAAUGCCUGCAGCUAAUGACGUGACUAAACUGGAAAUUCUCUGCUAAAGACUGAAGACUAAAAUAUGGUCCAAGCUCAUACUCUCAAACUGUUACCUGCUGUUGGCUCAAUAUACACAGCGUUCUGAGAAAUAAAGAGGGAGGCAAACCUUUGGGGCAGCUUUAUUUAGCUGUAA